ACCAGCCCUUUCAUGUGUGUCAGAAGCCUGUCUGCGUGGUCGAGUAUGCAUCAUCCCGCCCCUCGCUUCCCUGCUCCUGGAUCGAAUCCUGUGUGGAUUCUCUAUGGUAAGUCCUGCUUCUUCAGGAAGUGCUACAUCGAGUGCUAGCAGCCCAGUCACACAAAUUUCGGAUGGUCAAAUACAAUCACCAGCCUACUCGACCCCUUCGCCAAACGGCACUUUGAGUGCUACACCUGGAGUCGUCCCUUCCAAUGCCACUACUACAGUCGAUGCUGCUGCCGCUUCCAUCAGCCCCAACGGAGGCAUUCUCUCGAUUGCACCCAACAGCACUACCCCCGAUGCAUCCAAGCUGGCUACCCAGAACGAGUGCAAAGCUCUCAUUGAUUACCAGCUUCCCAGCAAGAACAGUAUCCCCUCCAACUUCAACUUUUCUGGCAAUGUGAGAACCUACUACGUCGCCGCCGAAGAGGUGGCUUGGGAUUAUGCACCUAGUGGUUGGGACAAUUGGCUUGGUGUGCCUGUCCAAAACUCUCCACACGCGAUAGCGGCUGGAUAUCUCAACAUCACCGGAUCUCUUGGUACCUCCAAUUGGGGACUGGGUGGAUGGCAAAAAGCUGUGUACAAGGGCUACACAGACGACAGCUUCACGACCCAGAGCGAACAACCUGCCACCAAUGGCAUCAACGGCCCUAUCCUCAGAGGCGAGGUUGGUGACAUGAUUCAGAUCAUGUUUGUCAACAACCUCAAGGAUCAUUACAGUUCGAUGCAUUCAAUGGGACUCUACUAUGGAAAACAAUACGAAGGCUCUCUAUACCCCAACACCACCAGCGGCGAAACACCGAAUGUGCAAGAGCAGGACGCCGUCCCUCCUGGCGGUUGUGCAGUCUACAAGUGGCUCAUCUCCGACUCGCAAGCCCCGGCCCCUGGCCAGAGCAGCCGUCUAUGGUCAUACCACAGUUUUGUCAACAUGCCUGCCGACACCUCUGCUGGUCUCUCUGGUCCCAUCAUUGUCUACAACAGCGGCGAGAUGAACAGCACAAUGUCUGCUCACCGUGAAUUCGUUGUUACCACGAACACCCACUACGAGGCUCGCUCUUUUAUGGCUGGUGAGAACGCAAAGAAUGCCGGGGUUGAUACCAGCACUAUGCGCGCCACCAACCAGCUUGUUCGCCCUUUUAUCGGCAAUGAAUCCUUCUGGGUGCCACAGUUGGCCAACUUCCCAGCGAUUCAGCUUAGCGAUGCUCAAGGACCCAAUUUCUACACCAUGAAUGGUUAUGUCUUUGGCAAUGGCGCACCUUACGAAAUGUGCCGGGACGAUCCAGUCAUCUGGUACGUUAUGGCAUUUGGUGGUGCGUCUCACGUAUUCCAUCUGCACGGCAACAACUUCCAAUACAACGACAUCUGGCAAGCCUCUCAGAGUAUCAACGCCGGCGAAAUGUUUACCUUCAACAUGAACGCACAAUUGCCUGGUGUUUGGCAGCUGUUGUGCCAUGUGUCGUCUCACAACCUUUUCGGCAUGCAGCAGAACUAUGUUGUGCAUGGCACGGAAGUGGACGGUCAGACUUGCCCCUUGCCGCCGCUGACUGCCAAGUUGGCUGGCAGCCCGUAAGCAACCCGAGGAAAGAGUUCUUGAAUUGUACAUAUAAGGCGAUUUAGUAAUGCGACGAGUAUCAAUAGUAG